CUUUUUCUAGCCAGUCUACCAGUUCAAAAAUUUCUCUAUCACAACUCCACCUUUUCACUCUCUUUCCCCAUGGUUUCCAUGGAAGAAUCCUCCAAGAAUCUGCAGCUUCCGGUUUCUGAUUCCACCGCUGGCGGCAAAGGUAGCAAGAAAAGCCCCACCAUGACAAGGAAAGGUGCCUGUGCUGCCAUUUCUUACAUGGCUUGUGCUGUUCUAUUGGUAAUAUUCAACAAAGCAGCACUUUCUUCGUAUAAUUUUCCAUGUGCAAACGUCAUUACACUUUUUCAGAUGCUUUGUUCAUGUUUGUUUCUCUACGCAUUGAGAUGUUGGAAGAUUAUUUCUUUCACAUCCGAUCAAACACUCGGCUUGACCAAUCACCCGGCGAAACUUGUACCACUGAAGUCUAUAAUUCAUACCCUUCCUUUGGCAAUUUCAUAUUUGCUUUACAUGGUCAUCUCAAUGGAAUCUAUACGCGGGAUCAAUGUCCCUAUGUACACGGCCCUUAGACGGACAACUGUUGCUUUUACAAUGAUGGUGGAGUAUAUUUUGCUGGGACAGAAACAUUCGCAGUAUGUUGUAGGCAGUGUAGGAACAAUCUUUUUUCCUUCAUAUCUUUACUUUUCUCAUCCACCACAUAAAGAAUUCCCAACAUUUGAUUUUUUAUGA